GGGAGGAGGCAGCAUCCCGCUGGAGCCACAGGGUCCUGGUCAGACUUACUCCUUGCCUCUAGAGCAGGAAAAGGGUGCCGGGGUGGCACAGGGCAGCCAGCCGGAUCGUAUGAGCUGUAGAUGAGGCUUGUGGAGGGAGCGACAGAAGGAAAGGUCCUAGUGAAGGUUAUUGCGGGCUUCAACCGCCUCCGACAGGAACAGCGGGGCCUGGCAUCCAAAGCAGCGGAGCUGGAGAUGGAGUUGAAUGAGCACAGCCUGGUGAUCGACACCCUGAAGGAGGUGGACGAAGCCCGCAAGUGCUACCGCAUGGUUGGAGGCGUGCUGGUGGAGCGGACGGUCAAGGAGGUGCUGCCCGCGCUGGAGAACAACAAGGAGCAGAUACAGAAGAUCAUUGAGACGCUUACACAGCAGCUGCAGGCAAAGGGAAGAGAGUUAAACGAGUUCCGGGAAAAGCACAACAUUCGGCUCAUGGGGGAAGACGAGAAGCCCGCAGCCAAGGAGAGCUCGGACGGCGCGGGGGCCAAGUCCACCUCGGCCGGCGUGCUGGUCUCCUAGGGGCCGAGGCCCCUGCGCGUUUUUUCUACCCCGACUCCCACCUCUUCUAAGUUCUCUUUAUUGUUAUUAUUAUUAUUUUCUCUGCUAUUGUAAUAUUUUUUUGUUAAUUAAAUGUUUUGGUCAGAAUGCUUA